UUUGAAAAGGGUGACUACGAUAAGUGUCGGGAGCUUUGUGAGAAGGCCAUUGAAGUGGGGAGAGAAAACCGAGAAGACUAUCGACAGAUUGCCAAAGCUUAUGCUCGAAUUGGCAACUCCUACUUCAAAGAAGAAAAGUACAAGGACGCCAUCCAUUUCUAUAACAAGUCUCUGGCAGAGCACCGAACCCCAGAUGUGCUCAAGAAAUGCCAGCAGGCAGAGAAAAUCCUGAAGGAACAAGAGCGGCUGGCCUACAUAAACCCCGACCUGGCUUUGGAGGAGAAGAACAAAGGCAACGAGUGUUUUCAGAAAGGGGACUAUCCCCAGGCCAUGAAGCAUUAUACAGAAGCCAUCAAACGGAACCCAAAAGAUGCCAAAUUAUACAGUAAUCGAGCUGCCUGCUAUACCAAACUUCUGGAGUUCCAGCUGGCACUCAAGGACUGUGAGGAAUGUAUCCAGCUGGAGCCGACCUUUAUCAAGGGUUAUACCCGGAAAGCCGCUGCCCUGGAAGCGAUGAAGGACUACACCAAAGCCAUGGAUGUGUACCAGAAGGCACUCGACCUGGACUCCAGCUGUAAGGAGGCGGCAGAUGGCUACCAGCGCUGUAUGAUGGCGCAGUACAACCGGCAUGAUAGCCCCGAAGAUGUGAAGCGACGAGCCAUGGCCGACCCCGAGGUGCAGCAGAUCAUGAGUGACCCAGCCAUGCGCCUUAUCCUGGAACAGAUGCAGAAGGACCCCCAGGCACUCAGCGAACACUUAAAGAAUCCUGUAAUAGCACAGAAGAUCCAGAAGCUGAUGGAUGUGGGUCUGAUUGCAAUUCGGUGAUGACUUGUUCAUCCCCCCUUCCCUUCGCCCUCAUGUGGAAAGAGGAGCUGGGACCGCGGCGAGCAGCACGGAGCGGAAGGGAGAGCAGGGGGAAAGAAGGCCUCAUCUCUAUAUUUAUACAUAACCCCAGGAAGACACAGAGAUUUGUAUUGGCACUGUUCGUGCCGCCGCUGCCUCUGGGCCUUCCCAGCACACGCAUGGUCUCUUCACCGCUGCCCUCGAGUUCCGUGUCUCCUUCCCCUGCCCCUAGUCGCUGUCUCGGCUGCUCUCCCAUAGUUGGUUAUUUUUUAUUUGGGGCAGUGGGCAUGUAUGGGGAGGGAAGGGGCUUCUUCCCAGCCUCAGGUCCCAGCUGUCUCAUGUUUAUUCCACGUCCCCUUCUCCAAUAAAACAAGCCAGUUGGGCGUGGUUAUAUGUUG